AUGCAGCGCUCUAGCUCCACCUCCUCCAUCUCCUCCACGUCAUCGCGUGCCUCUUCCGCGGCAGCCGGCGAGACCAUGCAGAUCUUCGUCAAGGACGUGGCCGGCGACACCUUCCCAGUAACCAUUCCCGAAACCACCACCGUCGGCAACCUCCGCUCCCUCCUCGCCCUCCGUACCAACCUCCCCGAAUCCCAACUCCGCCUCGUCUACGCCGGCAAGCACCUCAGCACCUCCACCGAACCCUUGACACACUACAACAUCACCCGCGAAAGCACCGUGCACAUGGCCCUGCCCAUCCGCGGCGGCGCACCCAAGAAGAUCCGCUGCAACUUCAAGGACUGCAAGGACGCGGCGCAGCGGAUCGUAGGCGACUGCGGGUUCUGCCAGGGACACUUCUGCGGGAAGCACAGGAUGUUGGAGUCGCAUAACUGCACGGGGCUGGAGGAUUGCAAGAAGGAAGAGAAAGAUCGGAAUAAGGAGAAGCUGGAGAGUGAGAGGACUCAGGCGAUCAAGGGGAUUUGA